AUGGCAGAGGAAAAAAUACGUGUUCAUAUUUAUGGAUCAAGUGUUGCUGGGAAUAUUUUUAGGCAGGCAUCUAUUGAAUCAAUAUUAAAUUCCAAUAAAAUUCCAUACACUUUCAUCGACGUUGCUGCUGAUGAAGAUCAGUUAAAAUAUAUGAAAAGGAAAAACAGAGGUAUAAAAGACUUACCUCAAAUUUUUGUCGAUGGCGAAUAUAAAGGACUUGCAGCAGAACUUGAACAAGCUGUUGAAAUGAGAGAAGUUAAAGAGUUUUUGGGUUUAGAUAACAAAUAA